GUUGCCAAGUCAUCACGGAGGUAGGGAUCGCGGUGGGUCUUCGGACAGGUGCGAAAGGCGCUGGCCCCUGCGCGAAUGCACGCACCUACUCGCAUCGGAGUCGUCACCAAAGUCAGCACUGCGAAGCCCGAUCGCACCUCCCCAUCACCAGAAAAAGCCGGACGCCCAGUCCCGCAUCGCUCUCCUUCCUCCUCCUCGAGAGGCAAGGCAACGAAAGGAAAGUCCGUGGCGGCGGAAACCACGGGGAUAUUCGGCGACGAUGGAGGUGCUCAGCCCGUCGCCGCCACGCAGUCCGGCCGUGGACCGCUACGGCCGGGGAGGCCCGGCCCAGGGCGCGGCCCUCCGCUUCCUCCUUGACCGGGCGUCGCCCGGGCCCCGGGACGCUGCUUCCGGAAAGCUCUACGUGGCGGUCGGGCGAUCACCGGAGAAGACCCUGGGGCUUCUCCGCUGGGCCUUUCGCCGCUUCGAAUGCAGGGAGAUCGGUUUGCUCCAUGUUCACCAGCCGUCGCCCUUGAUCCCCACUCUCUUAGGAAAAAUUCCUGUUAAUCAAGCUAAUGAGGAGCUGGUGUCCUCGUAUCGAAGAAUUGAGAGGGAAGAGACAAAGAAGAUCCUAUUCAAUUAUCUGAGUUUCUGCCUUAAGGCACAGGUGCAUGCAAGUGUUAUUGUGACUGAAAGUGAUCAAAUUCAGAAUGGAAUUGUGGAUAUCGUGACUCAACAUGGCAUUAAGAAGCUUGUUAUGGGAUCAACUUCAGACAAUUGCUUCAAGUUGAUUGGGAGCUCCAGCAAAAUGACUUUUACUGCAAAAAAUGUACCUCCAUUCUGUGAGAUAUGGUUUGUUAGCAAAGGCAGGCAUAUCUGGACAAGGGAGGCUAGUGAAUUCACAGAUGACUUACUUCCAGUUCUUAGGCCUGAUGAAUCUGUUAAUGGAGAGAUAUUCUGGUUAAAUUUACAAGAUCACAAUGUUGAGCCAUUGCUUCAUCCAGAAUGUCCACUCAAUAGCUUCUUUGGUGCUGAUCUGCAAGGAAGUAGGGGCUUGAAUCAGAAUGAAUCCAAUAAUUCAGUUGUCAUCCCAACUGCCGAAUCCUGUGUUACUUGUACAACAAAAUUUUGCAGUUCACAGGAACCUUCACUUGCUGCAGCUUCAUGGCAUUCUUCCCCAUCUGUUAUGGAGUUUCUAUCGGAAAUUAUCUCCAAGGAUGAGCCGGAUCAGGAUAUCUUGUAUGAUCAGCUCAAAGAAGUAGCAGCAGAAGUUGAAAGAUCUAAAAGAGAAGCAUUUAUCGAGCUUGCUAAACGGAAACAACUGGAAUCUGAAGUUGCAGAAGCUGUUAAUAGAGUCAAAGCUCAUGAAGCUGCCUGUGAACAUGAAGUCAAAAUUAGAGAAGAGCUUGAAGAUAUUCUUAGAACUAUCAAGUUGCAGCAUGAAGAGAUUGUAAACCAAAGGGAUGAAGCCUUGAGAGAGUUGCAAAAUGUCAUGGAAAACAUAGCCCUCCUACAUUCUCGUGCUGAAGAAAUGGCCCUUCUCAGGGAUGAAGCUGAAGGUGAAUUGGAGAUCAUCCAAUCGUCAAUAGAGAUUAUUAAUAGAGGAAGGCAGAAGAUCAACCAGAAAGAUGACAUUGAGGACAACAAGUUUGAAAAUUUGGGAUCCGGUGGGCAUGACCCAUCUCCAAAUUGCAGCCAGCUUAUUGUUUAUGGUGAUGAUGUAUAUGAUUGUGCAGAGUUUACAUUGUCAGAUCUGCAAACUGCUACUUGUGAAUUCUCAGAGAGCUUCAAGUUAGGACGAGGAGGCUAUGGUUGUCUUUACAAGGGAGAAAUUAUGAAUAGAACUGUGAUGAUAAAAAGGUUACAUCAGCAUAAUGUUCGAGGCCAGGUGGAGUUUCAACAAGAGGUCCAUGUCCUCGGCAAAAUUAAGCACCCACAUCUGGUCACGCUGAUUGGUAUGUGCCCAGAAGCCCUGUCCGUUGUUUAUGAGUAUAUGCCCAAUGGAACGCUCCAAGAUCGCCUCUUCUGCAGAGCCACUCCAAUGAAUUGGAAGAUCCGAGCCCGAAUAAUAGCUGAAAUCUCAAGCGCGCUCCUCUUCUUGCACUCCUGCAAACCUGAGAAAAUUGUUCAUGGUGACCUAAAGCCUGAGAACAUCUUUCUUGACUACAGCUACAAUUGUAAACUUGGAAAUUUUGGAGUUUGCCAGCUCAUACAGCAGGAUACAGGGCACAACCCAACGUUAUGCCGAUACAGAGAGCCCCAGGCAGCAUUUCCUUAUUCGGACCCCGAAUACCAAAUGACUAUGGAAUCAACAACGAAGUCUGAUGUAUAUUCCUUUGGAAUCAUCAUUCUCCAGUUACUCACCGGGAAACCGGCUAGGGGGUUGUCUGGUGAGAUACGCCGGGCUUUGUUAUCUGGAAAUUUGAAGUCGAUCUUGGAUCCUAGUGCUGGUGACUGGCCUACCGAUGUGGCGAGAAAUCUUGCAGAGAUUGGUUUGCAAUGCAGUGAAAUGAAUGCUCAAGAUCGACCAGAGCUGACACCUGAGAUGGUGAAGGACCUGGGGUACCUACAUUUGAUGGAGGAAAGACCAGUACCCCCAUUCUUCCUGUGCCCAAUCCUUCAGGAGAUCAUGCAUGAUCCUCAAGUAGCAGCAGAUGGAUUUACCUAUGAAGGAAGGGCACUGAGAGAGUGGUUGGAUAGCGGACGAGAUACUUCCCCUAUGACCAACUUGAAGCUGAAACACCUACAUCUCACUCCCAAUCAUGCUCUCCGUCUCGCUAUACAGGAUUGGCUGUGUCAGCCAUGAAGAUGUGCAGCAAGAUCGUUUGCCAUGAUUUGCACAACAAGGGUGUCAUCAGAGUCUCGCAUAAUACUGGUGUAUAUUACACCGUAUUCCUAUGUAAUACUGUACAUACAUGAAUGGUGGGGAGCAGUCGAGUGUCAAUACGGUGUUUACUUUAAUGUGUCAUAGAUUUUAAUCUUCCUCUGGUCACAGUAACGGGAGAAUUUUUGUACCAUAUGAUGAAUGCUGAUUUAUUUUUAUCUAAUGAUGAUUCUUUUGUGAGUU